UUGGAAUUUUCAUCGAUCACGUCUGAAGAAGGAGUGUGACUAUCCAUGAAUUGUCUUAGUUGUAGACUAUGUAUCAUUGGCUCUGGUCCCGCUGCUUAUACAGCUGCUAUCUAUGCAGCCAGAGCAGAACUUCAACCCAUAUUAUUUGAAGGGUUUCUUGCUAAUGGAGUGGCAGCAGGUGGACAAUUGACUACCACUACUGUGGUGGAAAACUAUCCUGGUUUUCCUGAAGGCAUUCAAGGUCCAGAGCUAUGUGAAAGAUUUCGAAAGCAAGGAGAGAGUUUUGGUACUGAAAUUUUUACAGAAACUGUGGAAAAAGUGGACUUUUCUCGUCGUCCGUAUAGAAUAUUCAGUAGCAAUAGAGUGGUGGAAUCCGAUUCGGUCAUCAUAGCCACUGGAGCUUUAGCCAAGAGACUGGAUUUCAUAGGUUCUGGAGACCCGCCUGAUGGUUUUUGGAAUAGAGGUAUAUCUGCUUGUGCUGUUUGUGAUGGAGCAGCUCCUAUUUUUCGCAAUCAAGAUUUGGUCGUUGUAGGAGGCGGUGAUAGUGCCAUGGAGGAAGCCAUGUUUUUGACAAAGUUUGGAAAGAGCGUUACUGUUAUUCACCGCAGAGAUGACUUGAGAGCUUCCAAAGUUAUGCAAAAUAGAGCAAAGGCCAAUGAAAAGAUCCGUUUUCUUUUUUCCCACAUAGUGGUUGAAGCGUACGGUGACCGUGUUUUGAAAGGUGUCAAGGUGAAAGAUUUGAAGAAUAAUGAGUUGAGGAAUUUAUCUUGUUCUGGUUUAUUUUUUGCUGUUGGUCAUUUGCCUGCAACCAAGUUUCUGGAAAAUCAAGUUGAACUAGAUGAAGAUGGAUAUAUCAAAACUGUUCCAGGCAGUACUAAAACGAGCGUUCCAGGAGUAUUUGCUUGUGGAGAUGUUCAGGAUAAGAAAUGGAGACAAGCAAUCACUGCAGCAGGUACCGGUUGUAUGGCAGCACUGGAAGCCGAACAUUACUUAUCCACAGAAAUGGAACAAGUCGAUGGCCUUCAUUGGAUAGAAUAAUAAAUGGUUAAGAGGAAUGAUCGUUUUAUUUGCGUUGUUUUUUACUUGGCCAAAAGAACUUUUUCUUCUCUUUUUUAGGAGUGUUCGUCUUUGAACUGUUAUUGGAUGAUGCCAAUGAACUGCUCGUGUACACAGAGGACUCCUUCUUUUGCCUGAU